AUGUGUGAUUUCUCCUCUGUUUUUUACAAUAUUUUGUACUAUGAAGAAAAACAACUCUUUACAAAGGAGAUCAAGCAUGGAAAGGCUAGUUCGCAUAAAGUUAAUUGUUGUCACUUCUCCUUGGAUGGAAAACUACUUGUUACGGGUGGUCAUGAUAACAAGGCAUCUCUUUGGUGCACAGAAUUGCUUAACCUGAAAUCUACAUUUGAUGAGCACACUAAAUGGAUAACUGAUGUUAGAUUUUGCUCAAGCAUGUUGUGUGUUGCUAUGUCCUCAGCUGACAAAACUAUAAAGGUUUGGGGUGUUAAUAACCCUAGUCAUUCUAUUCGGACAUUUACAGGGCAUACAAGAACUGUGAUGUCACUAGACUUUCACCCAAACAAAAAUGGCCUUAUUUGCUCUUGUGAUAAAAGGGAGAUAAGAUAUUGGAGUAUUGAAAAUGGUUGUUGUGUUGGGAUUUUCGAGGGCGGCGCAACUCAGGUGAGGUUUCAACCUGUUUUGGGAAAGCUUCUUGCAGCAGCAGUAAAUAAUCUAAUACUCAUUCUUGACGCAAAAAAUCCGAGUUGCAGAAUUAAAUUGCAGGGCCACAAUAGCAUUGUUCGUUCGGUAUGCUGGGACUGGUCUGGAAAAUAUCUGGCAUCUGCUAGUGAUGAUCUCGUGAGAAUCUGGGAAGUUGGAGCCAAUGGCAGUGGGUUGUGUAUUCAUGAACUGAAUACAGCUGGGUCUGAUGACAAAUUCAAGAGCUGUGUUUUUCAUCCCAUUUAUCAUGUUCUGGUCCUUGGCUGCGACGUGACUCUUAUGCUGUGGGAUUAUAUAGCGAGAAAUGUAAUGUUUCUGCGCGGACACGGCAAGCUUGUAUCUGCCUUGGCAGUAUCCAAUUUUACUGGGUUGGUGGCUUCAGUUAGUCAUGACAAUUAUUUCAAAAUCUGGAAGUGA